AACGGCAGCGUUAGAUCAUGGACUUCGAUGAAAUUUUGGCCAAGUGCGGCAAUAGCCAUCGCUACCAAUAUAUGCUGCUCGCCUUCUAUGGCUUUCUCAUGCUGGUUGUGUCAAUGCACUACUUCUCCCAGAACGUGAUCAGCUUUGUGCCCGACCACUGGUGCUAUCACGAGCAGCUGAGGAAUCGCAGCAUCACAGAGAUCGAGGCCAUCUAUAAACAGUUCGAUAAGCCCUCAUGCACACGCCUGGUGACACUCGGAGAUGAUUCGAAUGGCACCAAUGCCAUUGCCAGUGUGGAGCGAUGUGAUCGUUGGAUCUAUAACUACGAGUUCGGAUUCAGAAGCAUGAAUACCGAGCUUAAUUGGGUAUGCGAUGCCGCGUACAAGGCGCGUGUCGGCCAAUCCUUGUUCUUUGUGGGCUCCAUGUGUGGCACUCUGAUGUUUGGGCUGCUCGGGGACCGCAUUGGCCGCGUCAAGGCCGUCAUAUUGGCCAACUGGUGCGGCUUCUUGGGCGACUUCUCGACCAUAUUUACUGGCAGCUUGACUGCCUUCUCUGUAACGCGUUUCGUGUCUGGCCUGGCUGCUGAUGCCAACUCGUAUCUGAUGUACAUAUUGCUCAUCGAGUAUGUCUCGCCGUCUUUGCGCAACGUGGGCCUGAACAUGGUGAUGGGGAUCUUUUACUCGCUGGGCUUGAUCGGAGCCGCUUGGCUGGCUGUGCUGGUGGGCAACUGGAGGCUGUUUCUGGCCUGCUCCUCCCUGCCGCUGCUCCUCGUCACACUCGUCUAUUUCCUGGUGCAGGAAAGUGCCCAGUGGCUGGUAACACGUAACGAUAUCGAUGGCGCCGUGGAUCGACUGCGUCGCGUGGCCAAGAUCAAUCGGCGUGUGGUCAGCGAUGAGGACUUCAAGGCGUUCCGCAGCUAUUGCCAUUGCCACUACCGCAUUACGGCGACGACUGCAGCGGAGCAGCCAGAGUCCAAGCUGCUUGACAUGCUGAAGACGCCGCGCAUGCGCAGCAGCGCAUUUAAAGUACUGCUCAUUUUCAUCAUCGUGGUGCCCUGCUACAACACCAUCGCACGCAAUGUGGAGGGCCUGGGCAUAUCGCCGUUCAUACUCUUCUCGCUGAACGCGCUGAUGCUGCCGCCUGCUGGCUACGUGCAGGGCUAUCUGCAGGAUGUGGCCGGGCGCAAAGCCACCGCAGUCAGCUGGAUGAUCCUCACUGGCAUAUUGGCCACCGCUGCGGGCCUGGUCAUAUCACUGGGCCAGAACCGCAAUGUGUACCUCUUGGUCGGGCUGACGUUGCUCACACGCUUUGGCGUCUCGAUUGCGGACGGAGUCAGCUCCCAGCUCUGCACCGAGCUCAUACCCACCUGCGUGCGUGGGCGUGGCGUGGCCGUGGCACACGUCGUCGGCUUUGCGGCCUCCUUUCUAUCGCCGUAUAUUCUGCAUUUGGGCACGUAUUACAAGCCCGCACCCACGAUUAUAAUCGGCCUGCUCUUCCUCUCCGGGGCGUAUGUGUGUCUUCUGCUGCCCGAGACACGCAACAAGAAGCUGCCCAUGUCUCUGGCCGAGGGUGAGGAGUUCGGCAAAGGUGAAGGAAUGUUUGAUUUUCUGCAUCAGCUGCGUAAGCAAGGCUCAGCCGAGAAGAAAUUGGAAGCCGAAUUAAAAACCAAAGAGGUCCAGGAAAGCAAAUAA